AGAGCUGGCAGCCGUCUUCCUCCCUCUGCAGCCCUGCCCGUCUUGGCCUCAUGCCCCCACCAGCCAGCCCCGGGCCACAGGCAGUGAGCAGGCACGUGAGAGCCAAGGCCCUGUGACCAGGCCAAGGAGACAGGGGCUCCGGGGUCCCGGCCACCUGCCCUCCCAUGGAGCUGAGGCCCUGGUUGCUAUGGAUGGUAGCAGCAGCAGGAACCUUGGUCCUGCUGGCAGCUGAUGCCCGUGGCCAGAAAGUCUUCACCAAUACGUGGGCUGUGCACAUCCCUGGAGGCCUAGCUGUGGCUGACAACCUGGCACGCAAGCAUGGGUUCCUCAACCUGGGCCAGAUCUUCGGCGACUAUUACCACUUCUGGCAUCGAGCGGUGACAAAGCGGUCCCUGUCGCCUCACCGCCUGCGGCACAGCCGGCUACAGAGAGAGCCUCAAGUGCUAUGGCUAGAGCAGCAGGUGGCAAAGCGACGGACCAAACGGGAUGUGUACCAGGAGCCAACAGACCCCAAGUUUCCCCAGCAGUGGUACCUGUCUGGCACCACCCAGCGGGACCUGAACGUGAAGGAGGCCUGGGCUCAGGGCUACACAGGACAUGGCAUCGUGGUAUCCAUUCUGGAUGAUGGCAUUGAGAAGAACCAUCCAGACUUGGCAGGCAAUUAUGACCCUGGGGCCAGCUUUGAUGUCAAUGACCAGGACCCUGACCCCCAGCCUCGUUACACACAGAUGAAUGACAAUAGGCAUGGCACACGGUGUGCCGGAGAGGUGGCCGCAGUGGCCAACAAUGGCGUCUGUGGGGUAGGUGUGGCCUACAAUGCCCGCAUUGGAGGGGUACGCAUGCUGGAUGGUGAGGUGACAGAUGCAGUGGAAGCACGCUCGCUGGGCCUGAACCCCAACCACAUCCACAUCUACAGCGCCAGCUGGGGCCCCGAGGAUGACGGCAAGACAGUGGAUGGGCCGGCCCGCCUCGCUGAGGAGGCUUUCUUCCGAGGGGUCAGCCAGGGCCGCGGGGGGCUAGGCUCCAUCUUUGUCUGGGCCUCAGGGAAUGGAGGCCGGGAACACGACAGCUGCAACUGCGAUGGCUACACCAAUAGCAUCUACACAUUGUCCAUCAGCAGCGCCACGCAGUUCGGCAACGUGCCCUGGUACAGUGAAGCUUGCUCAUCCACACUGGCCACGACCUACAGCAGUGGCAACCAAAAUGAGAAGCAGAUCGUAACCACUGACUUGCGGCAGAAGUGCACAGAGUCACACACAGGCACCUCGGCCUCAGCCCCCUUGGCAGCUGGCAUCAUCGCUCUCACCCUGGAGGCCAAUAAGAACCUUACCUGGAGGGACAUGCAGCACCUGGUGGUACAGACCUCGAAGCCAGCCCACCUCAAUGCUAACGACUGGACCACCAAUGGUGUAGGCCGGAAAGUGAGCCACUCCUAUGGCUAUGGGCUAUUGGACGCAGGUGCCAUGGUGGCCCUAGCCCAGAACUGGACAACGGUGGCCCCCCAGCGGAAGUGCAUCAUCGACAUCCUCACCGAACCCAAGGACAUCGGGAAGCGCCUAGAGGUGCGGAAGACUGUGACUGCAUGCCUCGGGGAGUCCAACCACAUCACCCGGCUGGAGCAUGCUCAGGCACGCCUCACCUUGUCCUACAAUCGCCGUGGUGACCUGGCCAUUCACCUGGUCAGCCCCAUGGGCACCCGCUCCACCCUACUGGCCGCCAGGCCACACGACUACUCAGCAGAUGGGUUUAAUGACUGGGCCUUCAUGACAACCCAUUCCUGGGAUGAAAACCCAUCUGGCGAAUGGGUCCUGGAGAUUGAAAAUACCAGUGAAGCCAACAACUAUGGGACGUUGACCAAAUUCACCCUUGUGCUGCACGGCACAGCCCCAGAGGGGCUGUCCACACCUCCUGAGAACAGCGGCUGCAAGACCCUCACAUCCAGCCAGGCCUGUGUGGUGUGUGAGGAAGGCUUCUCCCUGCACCAGAAGACCUGUGUCCAGCACUGCCCACCAGGCUUCACCCCUCAAGUCCUCAAUACACACUAUAGCACGGAAAACGAUGUGGAGACUAUCCAAGCCAGUGUCUGCACCCCUUGCCACCCCUCAUGUGCCACGUGCCAGGGACUGGCCCCCACAGACUGCCUCAGCUGCCCAAGUCACGCCUCCUUGGACCUUGUGACUCAGACAUGCUCCCGGCAAAGCCAAAGCAGCCGUGAGUCACCACUGCAGCAGCAACCACCACAACCACACCAGGAGGUGGAGACAGAGCCUAGGCGGGCAGGGCUGCUGCCCUCUCACCUGCCUGAGGUGGUGGCUGGUCUUGGCUGCGCCUUCAUCGUGCUAGUCUUUGUCACUGUCUUCCUGGUCCUACAGCUGCGCUCAGGCUUCAGCUUCCGGGGGAUGAAGGUGUACACCAUGGACCGGGGCCUCAUCUCUUACAAGGGGCUGCCUCCCGAAGCCUGGCAGGAGGAGUGCCCAUCUGACUCAGAAGAGGAUGAGGGCCGGGGCGAGAGGACCGCCUUUAUCAAAGACCAGAGCGCCCUUUGACAAGCGCCUGCUGCCCGCCCCUCAAGCCGAUCCCCUCCUUGGGCACUUUUUAAUUCACCAAAGUAUUUUUUUAUCUUGGGACUGGGUUUGGACCCCAGCUGGGAGGCAAGAGGGGCAGAGACUGCUUCCCAUGCUACCCUUGGGCCCACCUGGCUGCUUGAGGGGCAGGGUAGGGCCUCACCCCACCCUCAGCAGCCCUCCAUGUGGAAAAAGGAGUGAAAUGUGUGGGGCAGCGUCCAGACCAGCCAGUGUUCUUUAUGGAUGAAGAGGGACAGCCCUUCCUUUUCAGGAUUCCUGGCCCAGGCUGUAGCUCUUGCCUCUUUCCUGUCCCUCUAAAGCAAUAAUGGUUCCCAUCUAGGCAACAGGGAGGUAGGCCUAGGGGAUAUUUGAAGGAGAAGGCCACCUCUCUAAGGGCUUCUGCAUACCAACCCUGUCCCCACUCUAGUGAGCCCUGGGGUGGAAGUGGUGAUCAUAGGAAGGGACCAAGGCAGGUAGGUGCUGCCAGGGCAUGUAUGGGCCCCAGUGCCCGCUCUGCACCUUGUGCCUCCACGUAGGUGGCUGUCAGGCUAAGCAGGGCUGGCCCAGUCAAGACUGAUGCUCAGGCUGAGCCCUGUGCUGGUGUCCUGACCGUCCCUCUCUCCCACCUUCCCCUCCUGCCAGGGCCCAAGUCCUUGUUUUCUGAGCCCGGGGCUGCCUGGGCUGUUGGCACUCACAGUCCUGGAGCCCCUGGAUGGGUGGUGGGGAGGGACGGUGGCCAAGCCGGCCUCUCCUGUCUCCCACCCGAUGCUGCUUUCCCCUGUGGGGAUCUCAGGGGCUGUUUGAGGAUAUAUUUUCACUCUGUGAUGAUUUCACUUUAGAUGCUGAUUUUUUUUUUUUUUUUUGUAUUUUUUUAAUGGUGGUAGCAGCUGGACCACCCACCUUCCCACACCUACUGUCCCCCCUGCUGAUCCACCAGCUGCCCCAGCCUGAGGUGGGGGGGGGCUGACGCAUGUUGCCGAGGAGUAGCUGAGCCCCAAGUCAUGAAGAGGCAGGCAGGCCAGGUGGGCCUUAGGAAAGGGGUUCAUGGUGGGGGGGGCAGGCUGUCAUCUGUGUUUCAAGUGGGGCUCAUUGUGCCAAGGGCUAAUGGGUCACUGGUUCUCCAAAUCCAGGAGUGGGUGGGUGGUGGCACUGAGGCCCCUCCAUACUGUGCCCUGAUGGAGAAAGCAUUGACCUGUUGUGCCUCCCAAGCCCCCACUCUUCUGACGUGCCUUUUGCACCCCUCCAUUAGGACAAUCAGUCCCCUCCCAUAUGGGAGCCCCCUUUCCUUUCCCCUAGCCCCUCCUGGCACUCAGCCACCUGCCCAUGGGUGCCCCCUUCUAUUUCACCACCCCACCCUUGUGGCCAGCCCGGCUGGUUUUGUAAGAUACUGGGUUGGUACACAGUGAUUUUUUUUUUUUCUUGUAAUUUAAAACAGGCCCAGCAUUGUUGGUUCUAUUUAAUGGACACGAGAUAAUGUUAGAGGUUUUAAAGUGAUUAAAUGUGCAGACUAUGCAAACCAGA